GCCGCCGGCUGGCACGCGCCAGGCCUUCGUCUUUGAUCGAACGUCGGUUUCGGCUGGGCGUGUCCGGCUGACGGUGCACUCGAGCACCCGCAGCUGGCGAAGCCGUCCGAGGACCGGGCGCGCCUCUCCGACGCCGGGGUGCUUCGUCACCACGUGGCACCGGAAACAGAGUGGCGUCAUCUGCGUUCUGCUUCGCUGUACCGGAUCCCCGGAUCUUGCCUACACACUGCGUUUUCAGCAGCUCCCCGUUGGUGUAACAGAACAUUGGUGAUGGCUUCACCUGAUCGAGACUGGUUAAGCCAUUUAGGCCGUCAUCCACGGGUCACACCAUACUCUGGUCGGAGUGUGACCAGGCGUGGCGAUAUGCCGAGCGACGCGGCCACCUACUGCGUGGAGAACUUCGAGCCCAGGCCUCCACAGGAACUGGUGUGUACCGUGUGCAAGGGUGUGUACCGUGACCCUGUGGAAGGGCCCUGCCGUCACGUCUUCUGCUCCAUCUGCAUCAAUGGCUGGCUUGCAGUUGGCACGAUUCCCGGAACUGGAAGCUGUCCUUUGUGUCGCAGAGAAAUGUCUGUGUCGCAGGUUGUACCCGUUGUUCCCCUCGUUAACAACAUGAUCGCACGCCUCACCAUUCGCUGCCCCAACAGGGAGACCGGCUGCUCAGCAAAGGUGGCGUUAGAAUCACUCAACCACCACCUGGAGACGUGUGAGUUCGGCAGGGUACUGUGCCCGAACUGCGAAGCCCCGAUGAGCACCUCGGAAAUGCCGGCGCACUGGCGCGAGUGCAUUGCGUUGCAGCAGCCGCUGAUGCGUUGCACGAGUGACUGCUGCUUCAGCCUGUUCUCCGAGCGACAGCGCGACCACAACUGCAUCCACGAAAUGCGCAGCUACAUCAACUCGCUGGAGCAGACGCGUGACAUGCUGCGCCACCAGAUCGACCACACGCUGCAGUGCCUGUCGCAACUGCAGAGCCAGAUCCGGGAACUCGCAGCAAGGGUGGAGACGUGUGCUGGGCGCCUUCGUGAACUGACCCCAGCUCCAUCUUUACCAAAGUCGUCUGGAAGGGGUACGUACCAAUGGGAGUACACACAGGACAGCAGGCUGCCCCCUUGGCGACAACUCAACUCUACCACAAGCCGCGACAGCCGAGCCAGCGAAUCGCUGCCCUCUGGGCGUCGAGCGCUGUUGUCCGCACCUGGUGCCAGCAGUUCUUCGUGGGGCGUACCUGCCGAUUUUCCUUUCUCCAUCUUGGAGCCACAGGAAGAAGAACCGGUACAACACUGUGCAUCGGCUUUCAAGUUAUUUCCAAAUGACGGCCCCACGGCCAGGCUGUUUCGCGACACGGACGGGCCGUGCUGCAGGUCGCACUUCAAAAAUACCACGCCACCAGAAACCACUGCCAUCGACGCAGGAGCACCAGGUCCAACUAGGGUGCCAUUUUCGACCCCCAGCUCCGCCCUCCGCACUGCACGCCAACCGCAGCUUACAUUCGAGUUCGGUGUGGAACAGUCGUCAGAGCCUCCCUUACCAAGGAGCCGGUCUCACUCUGCUUUUCGUGUGGCACCAACUCUAACGUCCACUUCCACGCGAUUGAGCGUGCCGACCGUCUCAGAGAUGCUGGCCGCUGCUGCCCCGCUGCCGGUGACGCCACCUGCCUCGUCGAACGCAGCUGCACUUGCAGGAGCGCACACUUCGACCGCCACAAUCGACCUGGCCACUGGUUAUUCACUGGAACACCACCUCUACUCCAGGGUCUCUGAUGACUGGUAUCCCCCUUCGACUGCCAGCUUCAGCAUGCACUUGGACGAUGUCGCCAGCAGUCUUCGCGCACUUCCGCCCGCUCACCGGCCCCAGCGAAGCCGCCCUGCCGACGCUGGCAUGGAGCACGGCCAGCACGGUGGCGGCCACUUGUCGAGUUUCAUGCGGCAGCUGUGGGAGAGCGGAAAACGCUACGAUGGCACCAACUCGCCAGGGUGACGCACGUGGCCGCAUGCAAGGAGCGGUGAUUGCGCCGACUUGGGGCUUUCUUUUCUGUCAUUUUCUUUUUGUCUUGCCUGAAAUAAAAUUGUUCAAGCUGAGUUCUC